AUGCCUUCUUUGAAAGAAUAUUUUAUGCUUGAUAGGCUUGGAAAAUUCCGCGAUACUUUAAAACAAGUUGGAGGGUUUAAGGCUGCUUUUAAGCAGAUGUAUUUGACUGAUGAUUUGAAAAAAGGAAAUUUCGUUGGAGAAGACCAAUUUGGAAAUAGAUAUUUUGAGGACAAUUCACAAUUUAUGCCUCGCAAUCGUUGGGUAAUUUAUACAGAAAAGAAAUGGUUGGAAUAUGAUGGAUCACAAAUUCCUCCAGAAUGGCAUAGAUGGAUUCAUCAUAUUUGUGAUAAACCACCAACUAUUGAGAAAUUAUCUAAUCCAAAAUGGCAACUGGAACAUCAGGAGAAUUUAAGCGUUGAAUUAAGUAAGAAAUAUGUUCCCUAUUCGACAACUCGGCCAAAGGUACAAGGAUGGACAGGACCUGGUCGUAAAGAUAUUGGGGUUUGA